AAGAACUAAGAUUUCUAUUUUUAAGUUUGUUGUGAUGUUGGAAGCGAUCGCCAUUUUCGUCGCAGUUUUUUUCUGUGAGGACACUAAUUUGUUGCCUCCCAUUUUCUUACAAAUGGAGCUUCCAGCGUUCGGGCAUUCCACUUUGUAUCAGACCUUUUUUUUCUUGUCGGUCUCAACUCGCCCUCCCCUGUGUAUGUGAUUUCCUCUGUCUAAUCGCCGCCGCUCAUAGGACAACAAGGCCUUCUAUUCUUCCUUGUUGGGCCUAUUGAAUUAAAUAAUUUGGCGUUUGCUUUGGAAAUUUUGAGAGUGGGCUUGUUGUUAUAAUAUCAAGGAAAAGUAAAUAAAUAAAUAAAUAAAUAUGGGGAGCUGUGUAUCAACUCAUGCUAAAAUAGUGCCGACGACCAAGAAACAUCAUCGUCGACAGUCGAGAAAGUCGAAGGGAAGAUUGGGGAAUUCCAUGGUUGAGGGAGUGAAGAAACGACAUAGCAAUGCAGGAGGCGGUGUAGUCACUGAUUAUGCUGUGAGUGAAUUUGUUCAUAUGGAUUUUGAACAUGGCGCCACCACCACUUGUCGGAGAUCUGAAGUUACCAACUCCACUUUCCACCUCACCCAAUUGCAAUGGCAGCACAGCCAGUUUGAUGCUUCUGGGAUUUGCCAAGAGGAGUUGUGGUAUGAUUCUAUGAGCUUAGUGGAUCAGUCUGAUUCAGAUGAUGACUUCAGUAGCGUAAUUGGGGGUAAUUAUGGGUUUCCAACAGUGCCAACAACUGGCCAAGUGGUUCAGUAUGAAAGAUCAGCAUGUUUUGUGGACAACAAGUGCAAAUAUGAAGAGUUUUGUGAGAGUUACUUGAAAAUAGAUGGAGGAGGAAAGCCAACAAAGUUCAUAGGAAAGGAGAACUUUGAAGAAUCAAGCACCUACGCCAUCGUGAGCGCUCCUGGCUGUGGCCUUUCUUGCUUGGCCAAGGCUGAAGCCUGUGGGAAAAAGAAGACAUUGUUGGAUCAUUCUCAUGGAAGCUUCAAAGGCCUCAAAGUUGAUAGACCAAGCCAUGAAGACAACAACUCUAGCUUGAGAAAGUUGGUGUCAGCUGCUAGCUUCAAUGAGAAGAUCUUGAACUCGCAGCCACCUCAGAAGAUGCAGUCUGCUGUCUUUCGGCUUUCGUUUAGGCGGCGGUCGUGUGAUGUUGGUGAACCCAACGAGCACUGUGAGUCUAAGAAGUACUUAUACCGUCCACGAGCUGGGCAUAUCAUUCCACGGUUCAAAGGAGAUAAGCCAACUCCUGGAUGUUGGUGUGAGAUUCCACCCUCAACUUUUAAGCUCCGUGGUCCUAACUAUUUCAAAGAUAGGAUGAAGUCCCCUGCUUCAAACUUUAGUCCAUACGUACCGAUUGGCGUCGACUUGUUCAUAUGUCCUAGAAAGAUAAACCACAUUGCACAGCACCUCGAGCUUCCGAGCAUUGAAGCUAGCACCACGGAUGUGCCUCUGUUGCUCAUUGUUAAUAUUCAGCUGCCUACUUAUCCAGCUGCAAUGUUCCUUGGUGAUAGUGAUGGGGAAGGGAUGAGUCUUGUUUUGUAUUUCAAAGUUUCUGAUAAUUUCAACCAGGAUAUCUCUAGUCAUUAUAAGGAGAAUAUCAAGAAAUUUAUCGACGACGAGAUGGAAAGGAGCAGAGGAUUUGCAAAAGAAUCGGUUUUUCCAUUUAGAGAGAGGCUAAAGAUCAUGGCAGGACUUGUUAACCCUGAGGAUCUCCAACUAAGUUCCACAGAAAAGAAGCUUGUAAAUGCCUACAAUGAGAAGCCUGUCCUCUCACGCCCUCAGCACAAUUUCUUCACGGGUUCAAAUUACUUCGAGAUCGAUUUGGAUAUUCAUCGCUUUAGCUACAUAUCAAGAAAGGGGCUCGAUUCAUUCCGAGACCGUUUAAGGAACGGAAUAAUUGAUCUCGGUUUAACAAUCCAGGCACAGAAGCCAGAGGAAUUGCCUGAGCAAGUGCUGUGCUGUUUAAGGUUGAACAAGGUUGAUUUUGUGGAUCAAGGACAGCUCCCAACAUUAGUUACCAUUGAGGAGGAGGAUUGAUUGAGAUUGAUGAGCCAUUUUCCAAACUAUAUUUUGUAAAUUUCUGGGGGAAAUAUAUAAUCAAAUCUCUUUUCUUCCAAUUUUA